AUGAUGCCCUCUGACUCUUGCAAUGGAAAUGAGUGCCCGGGCCCUACUUACUCUUUCCAUGCUGCUCAUGACUUUGUAAGAGAACUGUCAUCAGUGUUUGUCAGGUUCAACUCCAGCCAUGGCUUCCCGGUGGAGGUUGGUCCGGAUGCCAGCAUCCUCCAGCUGAAGGAGGCGGUUGCCCAGCGACAGGGAGUUCCAGCUGACCAGCUGCGGGUGAUUUUUGCAGGGAGGGAGCUCCGCAAUGACUUGACACUGCAGAACUGUGACCUGGCCCAGCAGAGUAUCGUUCAUAUUGUUCAGUGCCCACAUAAGAACAGUCAGAACAAGGAUGAGACAGUAGAUAACCAUGCUGGAGGUAUUCUAAAUGCCUUGGAAAGAGCACCUGAAAGUCUGACUCGUGUAGAUCUCAGCAGCAGCAUCCUCCCAUCACUCUCUGCGGGGUUGGCUGUUAUUCUGGAUACUACAAAACCCAGCAUUUAUCUUCCCUCUGAAAAAUCAGGUGCAGCUGGUUACAACAGUUUUUAUGUUUUUUGCAAAAAUUUCUGCCAAGCUGUGAAACCUGGGAAACUGAGGGUCCGAUGCAUUGUGUGUAAACAAGGAACACUGACGUUGGCAAGGGGUCCGUCUUGCUGGGAUGAUGUACUGGUUCCCAACAGAAUAAGAGGUGUUUGCCAGUCCCAAAGGUGCAAUGGAAAUGUAGCGGAGUUUUACUUUAAAUGUGGAGCACACCCAACCACUGACAGUGAAACAUCUGUGGCUUUGAACCUCAUUACAACAAACAGUCGCUGUAUCACGUGUAUAACAUGCACAGAUAUUAG